UCAACGAUUGCUAGUAGUCCGACAUUUGUUUGAUCACAUAUAAUCCGUGUCGUUUGGACGUCUUUUCAUCGAAACUUUCCGCCUGUUCCGCCAGCCAUGAGAUCACUGUCAAAUCAGUUCGUUCCCGUUGAUCGAUUCGUUUUGAUGUCGAGUACCUACACCGUAAUUGUGUUGUGUCUUAAUUUGAUUGUUGUUUAUUGACAUAUUGGUAAGUCCGGAGCGUCGGAAGCAAGUAAUGAAGCGCACGGCAUUUUCCAAAUGGUUUUCGAUCCCCUACGAAGACAAACGCUUGAUAGCUUACUUGCUGGGUGGACUGACGGCUCUGUUCGGUACCGUGCUGUACGGUCUGUUCGUUACGCACAACAUCGGCAUGUUUGACGAUGGAAGCUGUCCGAGAUUUUCCUACGUUUACAAUUUAGAGCUCCCUCUGCUGGCGGUGAUCCUGCUGGUGUUCUACGCUGCCACGUUCACAUUCAUCUGGGGUGUUUGGAAGGAAAAGUCAAAAUUCAUUCUGCCAUUUUUCUGUCUCUUGGUCGCUACCAUGGGAUUCAUUGGACAUGCCCACAUCGAACGGGUCCUUUUCGAGGUCAACGAAGGCGAACGGCGUUUUGUGCUAGCAGCGUUCGGCUUUACGACAGGGGUGUUGGUUUUUGCGAGUGCUGUUACCUUGCUGCUCUAUCGGGAGAUGAAUUGCGAGCGACGAAAUAAGGAAGAAUAUGUGGAAUUGUUCGUUACUGGGUAGAUGAAAACCUUUUUGCUUUUUGCUGACGAGACGAUCGACGAAAGGACUUCAUAUAAACUACGAUUUCUAAGCUUUAGGAUGAAACAUUGUGAGGGCUACAAAUGUUUUGAUGAAUCAAAUAGUCUUUAUGAAAUAUUAUUUAUACAAAUAUAUAAGACUUGAAGAUUUCGAUCAAGCGAAGAAUAAA